AAUAUGACGAGUUGAAUAAAAAAAUAUUACCUACAAUUUUCUUUUUUUUAAAUUACUUUAUAUCAAAAUCAACCAAGGGACUGAGAAAUAUACAUAUAUCUACAUACAUACGUGUAUUAAAUAUGACUAUCAACUGUAUCUUAGCUCCGUUACUAAAUGUUAGUGAAAGAGUAGCAUUAAUUUGUGAUGAGGUUGCGAGAAAUUCGUAAGAAUCAUGAGACCACCACGAAAAAUAGGUCCUAAAUCGCAUAAACUCAAAAAUGCUUUUUCAACUAAGUCUUCAAACCAGCCAACUCAUCCGGCAGCGGAUUUGGGUGAAACGGAUACCAGCAGCUCUGCCGAAGAAGACUUGCAAACAGAUGAUCAGAACUUUCGUUCGCCCACACCCGAACCCAACGAUACUAAUUACGGUUUGGAAUUUACACAUACCGGUGACCACCAUAUAGAUAAUCUGUCACAAGGACAAGCGCAGUCAUCAAAAGCACUCGCCAACAGGUUAUGUGAAAAUCAAAUUGCUAAAAAUAUCUCUUUAGGCGUUGGGAUGCAAAAAAGUUUUGCAACUCUAAGUGCAAGUGUAGACCCUAACAAGAAUGUAUCGCAAUCUGCGACGGAAACAGAGCCGAUAUUGCAAACAACACCAAGGAAAACUUCGGAUAAAAAGCAAAUCAAACAAAAGAGAAAGCAAAAGAGCAAUGUAAAAUUUUUGAAAAGUUAUAAACUGCUAGCAGCUCGUACAGAUUUUAUGAUUGCUCGUUCGGCGUUUGCGCGCGUUGUACGCGAAAUUAUGUUGAGCAUGAAUACGGAAGUCAGAUAUAUAACAGAAACCGCAUUCGAGGCUUUACAAGUAGCCACUGAGGCCUACGUUGAAGGUCGCUUGGAAGAUGCGAAUCUCUUAGCGUUGCAUGCGCGAAGAGUUACGCUAAUGGCGAAAGAUUUGGAGCUAAUCAAUUUUUUGCGUGCCAAUCAAAGGUGAAAGGUUGAUAGCAGAAGAGAAUUAAUACAUUGGUUCAUUGUCUAUAGACGAAUCAUUAUUUUUAAUGUACUUGCCAAGAAAAUAUUUGCAAUCAAUUUAAAACCAACGGAGAACCAUUAUAUUUUCAUUUUUGGGUUUUUUCCAAAACAUUUAUUGUAAAAAUAAAAUUUUAAUUAAGACUUUUAAUAAUGCAAAUAUACUUCUUUUUUCUUUUUAUUACCUUAAAAACUAUUUCAUAUUGGUUUUUAAAGCUACUUACGU